UUUCUUUUUAAUCGGGAGCCAUUUUUGCUUUAACAAUGUCCAUCUUUAAUGGAACACCAAGCAUAUGUAACAAACUUUAAAUAUUCGUAGAUCGCUUAAUAACUCGUCUUAUAAACUGUUUUUAGUGCAGCUUUAACAAAAAAGUUAAACAAAUUUUAUUUUGAUGUUUAAACACAUUUAAACUGCACUGCACAUCAGUGCUAAUGUAACAAUGCGUUUGCACGUUAAAGCUUUGUAAGUUAAAAAAAAACCAAUAGCAUUUAAUAUUUUAGUUACACAUUUUUUGCGCACCAGAUAAACAUUUCUUUUCCUUUUUUAGAUCCGACUUUUCAAUUUUUAUUUAAAGCUUCUUUGCAACCACGAAAGUCAAACUGAUAUAAAUACAACAAAUAAUAAGUACAGUGAUGAAGCCUGGAUUCCAAUAUGUGUUACCAAAUGAAAACAAAUUGAAGUAAAUACAUUUUGAUGUACGUAAUAGACUUUCUUUGCAGCCACAAGUUUGAAACCCUUCACAAAGUAUAAUUUCCCGCUGAAUUAUAGCCCACAGUAUCAUUACUGUUUACCGUUUUCACUCUAGUUGUCUUUAUAGAUACUUUGCUCUUUUUUUCCUGUGUGAUUAAAAGGUUCAAAUCCUUGAUGAUCUGAAAGGUAGUGGUCAUGUCGUUAAAAUGUUUUUGGACUAAUAAAUACAAUAAUAUACAUAAAAAAAAAAAACAAAAUAAGGAUUAAUCAAAAAAAACAAUAAAAACAAAAGCUGAUUAUUUUGUCUUCUUUUAAAUAAUCUGGCACAAAUCCCGAAAUGGACAGCGCACACAGCAGUUACGUACGUGGUGGGGGAGGAGUCCCCAGUCUAGUUGCGUUUUAAUUGGCUGUUAGCUCGCACUGAGUUGUACGGUUAUCAGUAAUUAUAUUCAGCAUGUUUUGCACAAGAAAUGACAUCCAGAAAGGGCUAUCUUCUUCGCCCGUCAAAUUAUACUACGAAGAUGUCAUGCUCCGAUAGCCCAUCUGGACAUUCAUUUUUGGUAGACUCGCUGAUCAACUGUAGGGCUGAGGGAAGUGGUCACUAUUACCAAAGCAGUGGGGUGUACUUGCCACCCAGCUCCGAGUAUUCUUAUGGACUGUCCAAUUGUAGCUAUUUUCCCGGACUCAAACGAAACGAGAACCAAAACAUGGUCCCUACGUCCAGCCCCUACGUACAGGGCAUGGAGCCGUGGCUGGAGACGUCAAGAUCGUGUCGCGUUGAACAGCCUGGUCACCAAAUUGGCCCCAGGUCCUUCACUCCAGCCAUAAAAGAAGAAAACUCAUACUGUUUGUACGAGUCGGAGAAGGGUCCAAAAGACACGGGCACGGAGGACAUCUCAUAUUCGAGGGUGACGCCGAACUCGUGUACGGCUGAUAGCGAUGGAAGUGUCCCUGUGCCUGGUUACUUCCGACUGUCUCAGACAUAUUCUUCGGCUAAAGGCUAUCCUGACGACGAUCGGCCUGAUUCGGUCCAGUUCGCAGUGACCCGGCUGGACGGUGCCUCCGCGGCCAUCCCGGCGGAGGCGCGGGUGGUAGAGAGCCGAGAGCCGCUAGCCUGCACUCCAUGCGCCCCGGUAAUGGACAAGGAGAGCCGGAGGUCGCCAAGCGGCCCUGCUUCAUCGCCAGAAACUCCAGAGAGCGGAACAGACAGUACAGAAAAGGCAAAUAAAGGCGAAUCCAAAAGUGAGAACACGGCAAACUGGCUGACAGCAAAAAGUGGUCGGAAAAAGCGCUGCCCCUACACAAAACACCAGACCUUGGAGCUCGAAAAAGAGUUUCUCUUCAACAUGUACCUAACCCGAGAGCGUCGUCUGGAGAUUAGCCGCAGCGUUCACUUAACGGACAGACAAGUAAAAAUCUGGUUUCAAAACCGCCGCAUGAAGCUGAAGAAAAUGACUCGAGAAAACCGCAUUCGUGAGCUGUCGGCGAACUUCAGUUUUACCUAAAGGCCUCAUGGAGAUCUUUGGCGCCCUCCAACCACUUAAAUGGGUACCAUUUCAAAACGUGCAUAUUUUACUUGUGCAGGAUACUGAAAUUGCUAAAUUAUUGUGUCAUAUGCUGUUGGAAAUUUUUAUCUGUCAGAGCAUCAGCUUUAAAUUCACACUUUCGUGAUAUCACUGUACGUGAUAACAACCUGUUAUUUAUAAAACUGUCAAUUGAACUAUAGUGAUGGUCUACUUAUAACGUAGAAGAAAUGUUUUAUUGACAAAUGUAAAUAGGUCGACGGGAGUAUAUAUAUAUAUAUAUAUAUAUAUAUAAACAUUACCUGUACAUAUUUGCAAUAUUUGCAUGAUUUAACAUUAAUUAUAAUUAACUGUUAAAAAGCUACAUUGUUGUGUCCUGGUUUAAUAAUUAUUGUCCAUUUCGCCCAAGCUUUUAUUUGGUAAAAAGCAAAUGGGAUUAGUUGAAAAAUUUCAAAAUGAGUACGACGGGUCGAUUUUAAUAUGCAAAAUCCCUAUAAUGCGAAAGACAGGCAAUAGCACCGCUGGACUGAACUGAAUGAAUUACUGAUGUAUGUCAGAACGAUAUAAAUACCCCUAUGUAUGAAAAUAUUACAAUUAAAUAAACACUCCACGCAUUUUUAACUAUAUGUACAUACAGUUUUACAUUGCUGCGCCCAGCUUUAUUGAAGUCCAAUUGUCCUAUAAAUAUACAGAUGUAGUAAUUCCUACGUGGAACACUGAUCACCCGGACAGAAUGGGUGCAAGAUAGGCCAAUUUUCAGUUUACACGUUUAUUUUGGUGCCAAAGAAGUGUUACAAUACCUCUCACUGUACAGAAUGAAUGAAACUGUAUUGCCACCGCAUUCUCUCAGUCGGCUGGCAUUUUCAUUAAAGCUUUGUUGUAUGGAAAUUCUGUGAAUUCUGAUGAAAUUAUUAUGUAUUUAAAAUCAUUGCUAAAAACGCGUUCAUACGGUUAGAAAAACGGACGCGUUUUAGCUGCCUGUGAAAUGUGUGUCUGGAUAAAAUAAACGGAAUAAAAGUUUUUGCUUGC